AUGGAUACAAUCGUUCCGGGUGCAUUAGCAGCAUUCGUUGUAGAUUGUUCCAUCUUUCCACUUGAUACGGUAAAAUCACGCAUUCAAGCGGCAGAUUUUCAAACUCGAUAUCCUGGAGGCAGAGGGUUAUACAAAGGUCUUUGGCAAGGAUUUGGACCGGUCGUUGUGGCCACUUUACCGAGUGCGGCUUUAUUCUUUACGACUUAUGAACAUGCAAAGAUCACAUUUACUUCUUCUGAUACGCCGUUUAUUGGACAAGCAAAAGCUGUCGGUCAUGCAGCUGCCAGUGCGGUUGCUGAAAUGGCAGCCUGUCUGAUCCUUACGCCAGCCGAAACAAUUAAACAACAAAGACAAAGUACAUCAGUCUUUGAAGAUCUCAAAUUCAGAUCGUUACGACAAGGUUAUUGGGCUCUGGUUAGUAGAAAUUUACCCUUUACUGCUAUGCAAUUUCCAUUGUACGAAUACUUUCGUCAACAUCUCACCGGUCCACCAAACUACCUCAAAGCUGGCUUGGUGAGCGGUGCGAGUGCUGCUUCUGCUGGUGCGAUAUCCGCUUUGGUUACAACGCCAUUAGAUCUUGUCAAAACUCGAAUCAUGUUAGGACCUACAAAAGGAGAAAUGCAAAAUGCACCAUCUCAAACGAUCGCAGGUGUUGGAAGGGACAUUUGGCAGCGGGAAGGCCUGCGAGGCUUGAUGAAAGGUGGAACGCUGCGAAGUGUUUGGACAGCAUUAGGAGCGGGUAUUUAUUUGGGCUCUUAUGAAGCAGGAAGAGAAUGGUGGGGAAAUUCGGGAAAAGAACAGGCACAACAAGCGAUUGAAGAAGUGAAGGAAAAAGUGGAAGAAGUGCAAACGAGUUGA